AUGGAUUAUGAUUAUGGUGAAAUGUGCAAAGAAUUUUAUUCAAAUAAUGGUGAAAUCGAUGAAGAUAUUGAUGAAAAACAAACAAAACUUGAACAAAAAUUACAUUCCGAAUUAAUUUUGGAGGAUGAAGAAUUGUUUUCAAGUAAUGAUGAGAAUAUUGAUGAUAAAGACAUAUUGAAAAAAAUUAAAAUUGAGAAAGAAUUACAUUCAGAAUUAAUUAUAAAAGAUGAAGAUGAAAUAUCUGAACGAAGUGACUCAGAGAAUAAUGAAAAAAACUCAGAGAAUAAUGAAAAUUUCACAACUACUGAGUCAUUAAUUGGUCACAAACGACGUAGCCACAAUCGAAGCAAAUUAGUUCGACAAGUUCAAACAAGGAAAAAAACUUAUUCAUCAUUCGUUUAUAAAAGUUAUGUUCGUCAACAUAAACGAAUCCAUACAGAAGAAAAACGUUAUUCAUGUGAAAUUUGUAAUAAAAAAUUUACUGCAAAAGAAAAAGGAAAUUUUAUUGUACAUAAACGAAGACAUACGGGAGAAAAACCAUAUGCAUGUGAAAAGUGUGAUAAAACAUUCGUUAGUGCAGGUGAUUUAAUUGGACAUAAAUUAAUUCAUACCGAGGAAAAAUCAUAUAAAUCAUUUACAUUUAAAAGCCAUUUAUUCCAUCAUAAACAUAUACAUACUAGAGAAAAACCAUUUUCUUGUGAAAUUUGUGAUCAAAAAUUUACUACGAAUUUAAUUUUAUCGAGACAUAAACGAGUUCAUACAGCAGAAGAAUAUUUUAAUUGUGAUGUUUGUGGUAAAAUAUUUUUUUCUAAAAGUCAUUUAACUACACAUAAACGAAUUCACACGGGUGAAAGACCUUAUUCGUGUACAGUGUGUAAUAAAAAAUUUAUACAAACAAGUUCCUUAAAAAAACAUAAACAAAUUCAUACUAGGAAUGGAGAAGAAAUAGAAAAAUCAUUAUCGUGUAAUAUAUGUAAUAAAAAAUUGAGUAAAAAAAUUAAUUUAAUGAAACAUAAACGACUUCAUACUAAACAAACACCAUAUGCGUGUGAACGUGAAGAUUGCGACCAAAUAUUUACAAAUAAACAGGAAUUGUAUGAUCAUGAACAUCAAAAUGUUCUUAUUUUAAUUAAUAAAUAA